UCCUUUUAUUUACAGGGUUUGCAGUUGCAGACAGUAGUAACCGGCGUUCUUUGAAACGAUGAUAACACUCAUGUCGGUGUUGCCAUUUCCACUCUCCAAUAGAUUACCCACACAAACACACAAUCCCAAUUCGCAUCACCGUUUUCCUUCUUCCUUCACUUUCCCCACAUCGUUCCCCAACAAAACCAUCGUCUUUGGUAUCAAUCCCAGCGAUUCCAAAGACCCUUCUUUCUUCGACGAAAAUGGCGUGGUCAACGACAUGGAGGGUUACCUCAACCACCUCUCCCUCGAAUACGAUUCUGUUUGGGACACCAAACCCUCUUGGUGUCAACCCUGGACAAUAGCGCUCACGGGGCUUGCAGUUAUUGCCAUUAGUUGGUUGAUUUUGAAUUCUCUCUUAGUCACUUCGUUUGUAUCGUCGCUAAUAUGUGCAUGGUGGUACAUUUUCCUCUAUUCUUAUCCCAAGGCAUAUUCAGAGAUGAUUGCUGAGCGCAGAGAAAGAGUUACAAAUGGUGUUGAAGACACAUUUGGUCAAGGGAAGAAGAAUCAGUGAUUCGUAUUAUUCUUACCCGAGUUGUAUCCAUCUUUUACGCCUUCUUUCCUCGCUCUGUGUAUCUGUUUGUAUUUGUAUAUUCAAUUACUGAGUAGUACGUGUUCGUAUUACUGCCAAUUGGCUUGGAGAUAACAGGGUGAUGUACAAGUCUUGAUGAUAAAUAUUUGACCUUGUCUUCUCACACUGGACGCGCAUGGUAUGAACUUAUGAUUUAUUUUGGUUGAAUUAAA